CAGGGGACAACAGGUAAACCCGGCCCGGGAAUAUUUACCCAGCGGCGGCGUGGCCGCAGGGGAGCUGUUUCGCAAAAUCGGGAACCGACUCCGAGUCAGCAGUGGCGUUCUCGGGAGUAAGCGUAAACGGUCGUCACGGUUUCCAAGUCGCCCGUGAGUGGCCGUGGCACGCGUCGGCGGCGUGCGGCAUGCGUCACACACUAUUUUGGUACAAGCGAAACCGCAGCGUGGCACAUGCCCGCCUGCACAUAGGUGCGGAAGCGAUGCUACGAGCCGACAGAGUCGCCGAGGUCACCGGAAACGGCCCGCGCAUGGCUAAACUCCUGCCGCGCUUAUGUCGCGGCGCGCGGCGCUCGGAGCCAAGUCAUCUCUGGUGGUCGCUCAUGGUGGAGAAACCGUUUACACGGGGCGUAUAGAGGUGCUCGUAAAGUCGCAGGUGGUGGCGUUUGCGUACACGUGGACGCGUUUUUCACUCGUACCUGCCAGCGAAAGUAGCAGAGCUCGGUGCGCGACGGCGCGGCGCCUCGCCGGAAUUGCGGCGGUUAGCCGAGUUUGGCACGGAAAGGCCGGGGUUAUCGGCGCUAUUUUGCGCGCGCACACAGGGGCAAUCGGUCGAGAAUCGAGAAGGCCAAGGACCAUCCCUGGAUACUCUGAGAUGGAUUAG